AUGAUGAUUAAGAUGGGUAACAUGCCAGAGUAUGAGUGUGUAUCCCAGUCAGGGCCUCAACACCAGGCACUCUUCGAGUACCGCUGUUUGGCAUGCGGUGAAGUGGUGACAGCCGCGGCACGCUCAAAAAAGGAAGCUAAGCAAGAGGUGGCUCGGGUCAUGCUGCACAGGCUGGCUUCGAAGGGACAUUCGGUGCCUGCCCCCUUCGGAUUGGCAGUUCCCGCGACCAGUUUUCAUGAAGCCGGGGUGACGGUGGGUUCGCCCGCGGACACACGCAGUUACGUGGCUCUACUAAAAGAGCUGUGCGAGGAGUAUCACUUAGCGGGCGUGCAGUACGAGCUGGUGGGUGACACAGGCCCACCCCACCUCCGCCACUUUACUAUGCGCGCGCGCCUCGGGCAGCACGAGCGCCUCGCCACUUCCACCACCAAGAAGGCCGCCAGGCAACUCGCCGCCGAGAAGCUUUACACCUACCUGCGAGAAAAUCUUGCACGCGUCACCAAGGACUUCAAUGAGGAUGAAGCGCUGGCGCGGGCUCACGAUAAGGCGAUGGAGCGGUACCAGGAUCCCUGUGAUGAGUACCCGCGCCGACCCGACCUGGGCCAGAAGAUAGCAGACUACCACCUGGGUCUUGCAUCGCGGCUCGACCCGGAGACAAAGGAGGCGGCCGUGGCGCUGCUGGAGAGGGAGCGCGCGCGCGAGCCGCACUCGCCCGAGCGCAUCGUGGCCGCGCUGAGCGAGGCGCUGCACCUGGAGCUGUCGUACGGCGAGCUGGCGCGCGCGACCGGCGCCGAGCUGGCCGUGCUGCAGCUGGCGGGCACGGCGCCCGACCUGGCCUUCGCGGGCGACGACCGCGCCGCCGCCGCCGCCGAGGCGCUGGACUACGUGCACUACGCGCUCGCGCACGACGUGGCCCCGCCCGCCCUCGGGCCCUGA